AUGAAGUCCUCUAACAAACCGAGUUUACGGGAGCCAUCUGAAUCGAACCCGCGUCCAACUCGCAUUGGUCCACAGAAGGCAAACGAGCCAACCGACCAGGGUAGUCCCUAUGAACGCUUCCUUGCUCUCCUUAGAGCCGAUGGCUUUGACGACAUUCAAGCACUGUUGCUCCCCCCAACAGACCCUCCGAGUGUGCCAAAACACCUGGCCUCUAGUAGGUCGGAAAUGCAGGCCGCAGCGGAUCCGAGACCAGCUAUUAAACGCGCAAAACUAGAAGCUUCAAGAUUCCCAUCAAGAGGUCAACUGCGUAAAGUGUACUCCCUGCCUUCGGAAAAACAGACAUCUUCGAAGUCCACUGUUGGCGCCGUUUGCGGUCAGCUUCCUCCAGCCAUCCCUGUUGUCGAUCGAGUCCCUACUGAAACUACUGUUUCAAGACCCCGCAGUUUACUCCCUUUACCUGUAUCGAACGAAUUACCCCACGGAAACUCGAGACUCCCUGACGUCCCUCCUCCACAAUACAGGGUUUUUCACACCUUAAUUUUUCCCGAUCGGGGAGGCAUUUCCGCACCAAGUCUUUCAAGGACAAGUUUUAGUUCGUCGGAAUUGCGGAAAGCCUCCAUUGAACAACCAAAUCGGCCAAAUUCCGUGAAAAUUGGCGAUAUUGAGCCCCCGGGAAAUUUCUCCCCUGAGACAACUCAAUUCCCGCCAUCGACUUUACCCGAGCCUAUUCCAGUUCAAGAUGCCGCGGUUGGAGCCGAUGCGCGGGGGUUGUCUUCUCAUGUUGUUUCCCCAGCUACUACUCUAGACGAAAACAGUAGAAUAGUGAAUGACGAUAGGGCAUUGCCUGCUACCACCUUUGAUGCAGAAAGAAGCGAAGAUUGUAGCCGGCAGGAUCAGAACCUGAGCGAACCUCUGUCAGACCCGUCCGACCACAACUGCGUCAUGCCCAGUGCUUUCAACAUCGACCAGAAGACCACAGAGCGCAUCGUCGAAGUGCUGAAGGACGUGGAACGCUUGGGUGGUGCACCCCUCGACGGCAAAUCUGCAGCGCCAAAAUCACUGAAUGUGAAGAGACGUCUUGAUGGAGACAUGGAUUCCGUCGUCAUCGAUCCCAUCGCGGACGAGGAGUGCCUGAUCGGCUGUGCUCCUGAUAACUCAACGGAGCUUCAAAGGAAUGAGACUUUGGAUAAAAAGCUCCAGCUGGAGAUGAUUGAGAAGGUACAGGCGCCGUCGUAUGCGUCAAUGAAUUCCAAGCGAAAGAACCUCCCUACAUUUGCUAAGAAACAGGAAAUCCUUAAACUCGUUGACGAGAAUCAAGUUGUGGUUGUAAGCGGCGAGACGGGCUGCGGCAAGACCACGCAACUGCCUCAAUACCUGCUCGAGCACGCCGUGCUUCGAGGUCGUGGGUCGACGACGCGCGUGGUCGUCACCCAGCCACGACGCAUAUCAGCCAUCUCGGUGGCGGAGCGUGUGGCCGCAGAGCGUGGCCAGCGUCUGGGCGAGGAUGUCGGCUACCAGAUCCGUCUGGAGGCGGUCGCGCCCAGGCGCUCCCAGGGCUCCAUCCUCUUCUGCACCACCGGCAUCGUGCUGCAGUGGUUCCACUCGGAUCCCUUGCUUAAGUCUGUCAGCCACGUGGUUGUGGACGAGGUGCACGAGCGUGAAAUGCUCGGCGACUUCCUCUUGGCGAUGCUGAAGCGGAUCCUCCCGCAGCGUCCGGAUCUGCGCGUUAUUCUCAUGUCGGCGACCCUGAACUCGGUGAAGUUUUCGCAAUUUUUCGGUGAGUUCUAA